AUGGAGGUUUUUGAUAUGAAAAUCAAGUAUAACAGGACAGAAAUUCCUGAUAAAUUAAUAAUUCCCACAAAUACAAUUUUUACAAAGAAAAGAAAUGGUAUUUAUAAAGCAAGGAUUGUGUGUAGAGGUGAUAUUCAGACACCGGACACUUACAACGUAAUAGCUACGGAAUCCUUAAAUCACAAUCAUAUUAAAAUUUUUCUAAUUGCGAACAACAGAAAUAUGUUUAUGAAAACUUUGGACAUCAAUCAUGCGUUCUUAUAUGCUAAAUUGGAAGAAGAAAUAUACAUCCCGCAUCCACACGACAGGAGAUGUGUAGUUAAACUCAAUAAAGCAUUGUAUGGUCUUAAGCAGAGUCCUAAAGUAUGGAACGACCAUCUAAGACAGUACUUGAAUAGUAUUGGAUUAGAAGAUAACACUUAA